UUUAUAAAACACAUACCUAUAUUACGAAUGUUGCAGUAAGUAUAGUUACAAUAAAACUCUAAUACCGUUCAAAACGUAUAUAAAGUUUUCGAUUUGACAUAGGUAAUAACAUAUUUACUCGAUACGGGAAAAAUUAAAUUAUUUACACGAUGGUAAGUUAAAAAAAUAUUUAGACGUAUUUUUAUUAUUAUUAUAAAGAGAUAUUACCUAUAUACAGGGUUGGAUUGUUUUUUAUAUCAUGAUCCAGCGAUUAUCUACAAAGGUUUUGAAUACAAUUUAUUUUAAUUUAUCAUUAUAGAAAAUUAUUGAAGGAUCUUACAUUUAAAAGAUUUUUAACAUUUUAAACCUUGUUCCGCAUUCAAAAAACACGUAUUAACUUUUGAUUUUCAAAUAACAACCAUUAAUUUUUAAAAAUAAAAUAUUUUUCUAAAAGUGUUGUUAUGUUGAUUUUGAAUAAUGAAUUGGCUAUUUAUGAGUUUUAACAGUUUAAAAUUAAGGCCAGAGGCGUAGGGAAUGUUUAUCAUCUAAAAAUGUAUGUGGAGUUUAUUAUACCUAUUUUUUCUGUCUAGAUUUUAACCUUUCAAAUUCAUAAUCCGUAGGUAGGUAUGAUAUUUGUAUAUCAACAUAUUUGAGAAAACUAUUUAUUUUUUAGAUUCCAAUUUACAAUUAUAGCACUUUUUCUGAAAGGAAAUUUGACUUGGGUAGUACUUUAAGAAGAUCAUUUUUUGAUUUUUUCAGGAGUUUUCACAAUAAAUUGAAAACAACGAAAGAAUUAUAAGAAAAUGUAUUAAUUUCAAAUCAUAAAUUUUACGCCUUUUAAAAUACGUAUAACCAAACUCCUCAGAAUCGUUUUUAGUUAGCAAAGAUGAAUCAUUGAAUACAGGUAUACAUUAAAUCUUACCUCCCCAACUUUUUACCUACAACAGUGGCCCACUUAUCAUGCAAAGUAUGUCCGUCUUUUUUCUGAGUCUGAAUGGAGUUUUAUCAAUUUAAAACGUUAAUAUAUGCUCAUUAAGGUAAAACGAGUAGAGGUAUAAAUUUGAAAAUAGUGCUUUUCAAUCAAUUCCAUAAUAAUGAUUAAAUAGAACAUGAAUCAAAUUUGUUUUGUAUUUUAUGAAAAUAAUCACUGGACCACGAUAAAAAAAAUCAUCCUGUACAAAAUUUACAUAAAUUGUUGUUUUUUUUUUUAUAUAUAUAUAUAUAGUUGAAAGUAAAAUAUACAUUGCCUUAUUCCAUUUGCCGUUUGACCACGUCAUACACGACGCUAAGUAACAUUCGGUGUUUGUCUUCGGUACGAGUGGAAGUAAGAUAGUUUUAAAAUAUUGACAUUAUGUUUUCUAUAGUAGGUAUAGAUAUAUUUUUCAAACCUUGUAUAUUAUGUACUGUUAAUAAUUACAGUUCAUUAGCAUGUGUAUGGUGAUUAUGUAAAAUAUAAACAUUGCAUUUGUGAGAUUUAGGUACACCGUACUACACAUACACGUACACACACAUACACACACACGUCAUGUUCACAUUGAAUUAAACACACCGAAUAAUUUGAAAAUAAAAGAUAUUAAAUGUGUAAUAAACUAUUUAAAUACAUGCAAAUCUAGUAAGUCAUUUAAUGAAACUACGCCACUAAACUAUGUUAUCGAAGAUAUUUAUCAUGUGGAUGAUUAAAUUAUAUCUAAUUUGUAUUAUUAUUAGGUAUUCGUCACGAGCUUACGUUACAACAUUACAAUAGGAUUGAAACGGAAAAAUAAUUAUGUUUUUCAAAUAUUUGUAUCGUAUGAAUCCGGUGUGAUAUUGGUUAUUUAAUUUGUUUUAGUUAUAUUACCACAUAAUAAAUAGGUGUGGGUACGCAUAAUAAUUUUCAGUUUUAUUUUGUUUUUUUGUUUUUUACAGGUUGAAGGUUAUUAUCAAUAUAAAACGGAUAUUGAUUUUUUUAAAUAUUUUCUAAUAUAGUCGUAUUCGUAAAGGUAUUCUAGUCGUCGAGUACAUAUACAUUAUAUUUACUACAUAUACAUAUUCAUAUGCAUAUAUACACAUACAUUAUAUUUAAAGUAAACACUUGUAUGCUAAGAUCGCAAGUUAUUUUAAUAAAUUUUAAAAAACAAUUCUGUUAGUUUAUAUGAUUGAUUUAUGAUUUUAAAAAAUAUUAUCGAUGGUUGAUGUAGAAAAGAGAUGGUAUUAUGAUUUUAUUAUGUGGCUCCCCCCCCGGAUGGAAAAUAAUUUAUUAAAAGGAUGCCAUACCCUGCACAUUUACUGUACAAACGGGUGAUAUAGCAAAUUUACGCUUAGGAGGACAAAUUUUGUGCGCCUUUAUUUUUAACAUGAAAGCAAAUAGACUUAUUACUAAACUUAAAAAUAGGUAAGAAGAUUAUGUCUUAGCGUUGAUUUUUUGUCAAUAUUUUCAAUUUUUUAGCAUGAUAAAUUAUUUUUAAAUUAUGAUAUUUAACAUACUCAUAUCAUAUUUAAAAAUAAAAAUAUCAAAAAAUAGCGCACAUGUCUUCUUACCUUUAAUUUUUGUAAUAGGUCAAUUUGGUUUAAUAUUAAAAUUAACGGUACAAAAUGUGUCUCACCGAACGUAAAUUUGCUAUGCCUCGUGUUUGUAAGACUGAGAUAGUGGAUGUCGGUAUGGCGUCCUCUUAAAUAAACUUUGUGUGGGGUUCCCCUUACCCUUCAUACAGAUAUUUGUAUUACUGUAUUAGAUUUUGAGUGUAAUGAAGAAGCUUUUAAUUUUACUAAGAUGUGUUUUUUUUUUAGGAAAACAUUUUUUCGGUUAUUAAAAUUGCUCCCAUUAAUUUGUUAUACUCUCUAAAAGAUGUAGAUUUUCGCUGAUAGUACUUUAUAUGAAAAAAAAUGUCUAGAUUCCUUCUAUAAAUGUUAUAUUAUACUUCUACCCAAACUUAAUAUAUAUGUAUAUAAAACAGAUUAUAUUACAGGUAAUUUACGUACUGCUUCAAAUAGGUUGAGUAAUGUUACCUGCAGUACAAUAUAAGAUAUUUGAUACAGGAAUAUAGAUUUUCACCCUAUAUAUUAUUACGAUAUACCCCGUGGUUCUUAUAUUUCAUUAUAUAUCUCAUAUUUAUACCAUUUAUCUAAUAUUAUAUAUUAUUGUCUAGUUGUGCUCAGUUUGUAAUUUUUAUUAGCACUGUGAAUUCAAUUUGUAUAGUAUUAGUCGAUGAUUGUUCCCUCUUUUACUACGAGUUGAUAUUUUCAAUUUUUAAUUUAAGUGGUCGAUAGGUGAAAAUAAAAAUAUAAUGCCAGUAAUUGCUAUGUCUUGCGCUGUUUGUAAAUGUCGGUUUACCUACGUAGAUUGUCCAGUGAAAUGUGACGGCUGUUCGAAGCGCGUUCACGGAAAAUGUUCAAAGCUUUCCGCAAAUGAAUUGCACUGCUUUAAUUCAAAAAAUCGAAUUUUAAAGUUUUUUUGCGAUACGUGCGAUUCGUGUAGGUUAGUUACAGAAAUCGGACAACGGGAUAAUAUAGAGGAGUUGGUAAAUAUAUGUUUUAAAUGUUAUAAAUAGUCCAAAGAAAUAAAUUAUUAUUAUUGGCGUGAAUGAGGUCAGUCGGAAUAUUAUUUAUAUGCGUGCGUGCUGCAAUUCGGUCGAUUCCUUUGGCAAAUCAGUACAGAUUUGCGGACGAAAUCCAAGAAAACGCAAAUAGUUUUUUCAAUAAAUAUUUAAACAUUUCGGAAAUAUUAUAUAUUGGUUUUUAUUUAUAAAAAUACAUAUUUUUAUUACCAAUAUAAUAAAUAGUCAUGUGGUUCUUAAAAUGUGACUCAUGCCAUCCCUCACUGAUAGAUUAUACCAACUUAAAAUAUAACCGGUGGAUGGGGAAGCAAGAUAUUUAUUUUCAAGUGCCUAUAUUAUAUUAAUAAUUGUGUUAUUUCUAUUUUCAGUAAAUAACUGUAAAAAAAUGUAUUAUUUUUUCAUUCGAUGUUAGGUUAGGUGGUCCUUGAAUUGUGUAGUACUCGUAGUUUUGAAAAUAUUAGGAUAUCAGCUAUAUAAUAACACGUUAAUAUAAAAACAAUAAUAGUUGGAUAAAUUUGCAAUUGAAUGCAACGUAUAAUAUAUAUUAAUACGUUAUACGCAAAAUGAUAAAGCGCGUAAUCUGUAGGUACAUAUUAUACAUAUACUAUUAUAAAGGAAAAUAUUACGAGUAUUUAUUCAUAAGCGGAACGACUAUUUUUUAUAGUAAUAUAUAGGUAGAUAAUAGAUUAUAUAUACCGAUAUACCUAAUUUUAAAUCUAAUGAAUAAAUCAUUAAGCUAUUAGCAGUUGAGGCAGUAAAUAUAUUUACUGUCGUGACUUCUAAUGAAUAUUUUUACUAUAUAUGGGUCUCGUCCGUAAUUAUCUACUUCUACUGUCUAUAUAGGUACUAUUCUUUACAUUAAUAAUAAUUUGUCUAUUCGACCAGUAAUUUUUAUGUUUAGUUUUUACAUGUUAUGAUAUUUUAUCGUGUUUAGGUGAACACUAUAUAAAUCAGUACGAGUGGGAUAGUAUAAUAUCUUCUCAUUUCCUAUAUAGCAUUGAAAAAUAAAUGAAAUAUUUUCAAUAAUAUUAAUCAAACAAUAAUAAUAAUAAUAUUAAAUAAAUAAUAAUAAGGAGCAGUUAAAUAAUGAGAGGGGGUGAAGGAGAUACAUAUCUCUCUUUCAUAACCUUUUCUCGUUCAGUAUUUAUAAUCAUACAUACAUUUAUUUAAAACAAAUAAAUCUAAAUAAUAAUUAAUAAUUAUUUAAAAUGUUUAAAAUCUCAGCCUCAUUCCCUCCCUCGCUAAAAUAAAAUCAUUUGGCUGCCACUGAUUAUUACAGGAUAAUAUUAUAUGUUAUCGUUAGACCACCACUGAUUAGGAUGUAAUUAUAAUAUAUUAUAUGUAUUGUUUUUUAACAAAACUAUAGUGUGUAAUCGCCAAAACAACUAAAUUAAUUUGUUUAUAGUUUUUUAUGCAGUUAUACCGAAUUGUUUAAAAAUGAUACUGUACAAUUAUGUUUUGUCGAUUGAUUGAUUUACUACAAACGUACAAUUUUAUUUUAUUUUUUGUGUUAAUUUAUUUAAGAAAAAUAUCUACUAUGUAUUUAAAAAUUUCAUUAAGGUAUCUGCGGGUUAAUUAAAUACAAAUAGGUACCAUAACCUAUUUAGGCCAUUUAAAAUACCUACAAAACAAAUUUAAUACCUAUUUGUUUACAGGAAAAUCCGUUUCGCGAAAAUAGCGAUUUACAUAAAAUAAACAAAUUUUCAAAAAACCCUAUGGAUAUUUUUCGCGAAUGGUACAAUGAACAUAUGACAACGAAUGCGUCCGUAACUUCCGCCAAAGCAUUUAGUCUAGCUACUGUUUCUAAGUAAGUCUAUUACAUCAUAAGUGCAAAUAGCACAAAUAUUCAACUCUGUAAUAAAUAGAAUACGUGGGGGAUUUGAAUAUAAGAAAGUUAAAUACUUAACCCCGCUAGUCACUUAAACUAUUGAUUACCUUUCUUUAUAUUAGGUAUCUACCUUUUCUAUGAGGACAAAAAGAUUUUAAAUAGUGUCAUCAUACGAAUAACAUUUAUUUCAAUGUAUACUUCCAAAUUCCAAAUUUUAAAUGAAGUAUAUAAGUUUUCAAAAACCAUACCAUAUCACCCGGAAUACCCAUAUAGUCGUCAACUAAUUCGUAAAUUAUCGAAUAUAGAAUACACACUGCUUGUCAGACGUGUAACUAGGAAUUUCCUAAGGAAGAUGUUUUGAAAAAAUGCAAAAUUGUUUUCAUUAUCACUAUUUAUUAGUUAAACUCUUAAUAAGAGAGCGUGUUCCGAUAUAGCAAAUGAGCAUUCUGCAGGGAUAACUUUGUGCUAUUACCUAUGGUUUUACCUAUUACCUAUAUUGUAAUGAAUUGGGUUAUUAUCAAACUUAAAGAUAACGACAUUAUCUGUAGGUACAACAUUGGUGUUAUUUUGUUUAAAUUUAAAUUUUCAAGCGAACAUUUUCUAUAAGUAUUACUUAUUUAAUUAUGAUAUUUCGCAUGCCUACACGUUACCGAGAUAAUGUUUCUAAUAUUUUAACUAACAGCACAAUAUUAUGACUUCUGAACACGAAUUUGUUAGUUACGCUCUUUUAAGACGGAGACAAUACAUACAAAUAGUGCCUUCUUAAGAAAAUGCACCGAAAUAAAUAAUAAUAUUUUUGUAUCUUUCUUGAUAGAAAAAUGAAAAUUGUUGUCAAUUAUAUUAAUGGCUGUGAUUAACAAAUAACUAUAAAUCACUGUCAUUAUUAGUGAUAUUAAUAAUCAAUCAUCUUUCACAUCAUAAUUUUUUUUUUAUAAUACAUAGAUGACAAUAAAAUUUACAUAGUUAUAUUAAUGGUUGAACGUAAAUGCACUAACUACGGUGCAACGCAUCAUUCCCGAAAUCUGAUCCCUUUAAUAGUAGAUAGCAGUAGUGGAGAAGUAGAAGGCGAAUCACGAAUAUGAAUCAGAAUUAAAGAACUAAUAUCUUGUAUUGUGGAUGAUUUAUAUUAAAUUAAUGUAAAAAGAACACACGCGAAGAUUCAGAUGUUUUUAGAUGUUUUAAACACUGGGUUUACCUAAUGAAUUGAACUCGGGUAGUGUGUACUAUUAGAUAUAUAGAAAAGAUGUGAGAGAGUGCGCAUCCGGUCAAGUGUUUUUUUUUGUAAAUUUCAUUAUCUUUUAUUUAUAUAAUACAGUAAAACGUCCGUUAAUGGUAAUUUUUUUUUUUUUUUGGUCCCGUUAAGUGUUAUGCCUCUAGAAGAAACUUUUAAAGGACGGUCACCUUUAAAAAGCGGUCAUUAUUUUCGGUCCUUUCGAUGACCGUUAUAUGGAAGUUUUACUGUACUGAUACUUAGAAGGAACAGAUUUAAAGGAACUCGUUCCUUUGAUUUUGUUCACUUUUCAGGAAUUUAAUUGAAAAGAAAAAUUAUACAUCAAUAUAAAAAACUGCUCUGUUAUUUUCCACCGAGGAGGUGAAACCUGGGGAAGGUUUCAUCCGGAUACAUUGGUUUUACAUAUAAAUCUACGGGUUCAAUGAAUUAUUCUCCGGGUCAUCGUAACAUUAUUAAUAUUAUAGUAUAAUAUUGUAUAUAGUUUGUCAAUAAGCUAAAAUAUACGUAUCGAUAAAAUACGAUUUAUUGACUAUUGUUAUACAUCAAAUUUACACAUGGUAUCCUUUGCUGAUGAUUUUUUUUCUUUUACUUAUCAGUCUGUCUCCGGGUCUACCAUCUUUAAAAGAUGGCAACCCUAACUAUGCGAUAUCACUGUAUUAGUUUUAAUUUUCUAAAAGCAGGAAACCUCAACAAAUUAGAAAUGACAAUAAUAAUAAUAUUAUAUACCUAUUAUUUCUAGUAAUAAAAUAAAAAUAAAACCAAAAUUAUAUUUAUCUCCCUCAUUGACAGAAACCAUUUUUGAGACUCUAUUAAAAAUCUACUUUCAUCAUAAUUUUCAUGAAAUUUCGGGGGUGAGGUGAACCCCUAACCCCCUCCUCCCUUGUACACCCGCCUGAGAACACUGAACAACACAUAAUAAUUAUAUUUCAUAAUAUUUUAAGAUGCAUAUUAUAUCAAAGUAUUCUUUUUAUGGGAAUAUUUUCAAAAUCAUUAAUCACACUUUCAACAUUGAUAUUACUUACUAACUCUUGUUCUAUAAAUAAAACUAAUAAUGCAUUGAGCCUUUCUUGUGUCAUGAUGGUGCUUUUUAAUUUAGUUUUUACUGUUGACACUUUUGAAAAACUUCUUUCGCAUCCACAACUGGUUACUGGUAUAACCACCAAAUAUAUUACAUUAUUAGAUAGUUAUAAAAUGUUUUGAAGGUAUCAGAUAAUUUAUAUGUGUUUGAGUAUAUUACAAUACGAAGGGGAGGGGAAUCAUAGAUACCUAUAUGAAAUCCUGUUUCAAUUGUUUCAAUUGGCUGUUGGUGGUGCGUACGUUUUGAAGACUUCGAUUUUGGAUGUUAGGUACACGCUAUUAUUUAUUUUUUCUUAUGUCUUAAAAUUAGUAGUCUUACAGUAGCUGUUCUUGUUAUUUCUAAUUUGAACACUGCGUACUAUCUACUCCAAUAAUAUUUUUUGCACUAUUCAAAUACUAUAAGUUUGUAUUAAUAAUUGAUUAUUAUAAAUUAUUGAUUGUGUGAGUUUUCAAUAUUUAUUAUUAUUUAUUUUCGUCAGCACUGGAAAAGUCUCUUGCCGUAGUUUAAUUCUGCGACGUUUAGACGAAGACGGGUUCGUGAUGAUGACCGACGGAAGGAGCAGAAAAUCGAAGGAUUUGGUAAUACUUAUAUUUUAACGAUGGCUUCAAUUUUUUCUUUGUCUACUAUAUUGUAUGAAUCACGUAGCUAAACUGUUACCAGUUCGGAAAUAAAAAUGUAUCUAUAUAUUAUAGUAUAUAUAUAUAUGUAUGUGUAUAAAUAAGCUAUUUAUAUUUACCUACAACAUUUUUAUUUAAACAACGUCACAUUUUAAGAAUGUUGAACACAUGAUAAUAUGUAAAGUAUUUUUUUAGUUUACAAAUUUCCAUGAUUAUUUUUUUAUUUUUUCUGAUUUGUAAACGAGUGGUAUCUAUUUGUGAGCUUAACCCAUAUAUAAUAUUUAUUAUUAUAAAACUAUAUGUUUUAUAAAUAUGAUUAACAUUUCAGAAAUCAUUUUUAAAAACACAUCUAAUAAUUAAUAUGAGUUAGGUACGUGAUAUAGAUUUGUAGACAACAUUUUUAGCAGCAUGGUAUUUGUAAUUAUCAUUUUGUGUUCUGAGUAAUAGAAAAAAAAGAAAAAAUUUCGCUCAAUUCAGGUUUUUAAAGAUUUCCGGUUCGAGCAACCCGAAUUUUUUAUUUUAGUUUAAUUUUCUCAUUUGCAUCUUACACGAUUACAUUUUAAAUUGAUUAAUUAUUUAUAUUAUGUGCACGAUGUAGUACUCAGCGUUAAUUUAAACAAAAUGUUAAAUAAUAAACGCGGGUUUUCAAAAAAAUAUCAGGUUUAUGUAUUUUAUUAAUUAUGAGUGGGUUUAUGUACAUAAUAUGUAGGCAGGCAAUCCUCAGGCCUCCAUGGUGUUCUUAUGGUUGGACAAAGCGGCAGAUGGCUUGCCGCAGACCAGACAGGUACGUAUCGAAGGAUCCGUGAAAAUGUUGAACGCUGAUAACAUGAAAGAAUUAUACGACAUCGAACCGCUGUUUUGUAAGAUCCGCGCUCAGAUCUGCGAACAAGGAAAAGUGGUCGAGUGGGAGCAAUUGAAACGCGAUCACGAUCAGUUAUUUAACAAAGUUAUCAAUAACGAUAUUCAGCUGCCCAGACCCGACCAUAUGUGAGUGUAUUAUUAUAUUUUAUACAGAAUGUAUAGUAUAUACCUUGAAUAAGUACCGAUUAAUUGAGAUUAUAAGUACUACUAAUUUUUUCUUAAGUGUACUGUAUACAUAAUAAUGUAUGCACUCGAUAUUGUAACAAAUCAAAUAAUGAAAAUUAACAAUUAUAGAAAAUCCACAAUAAACAAUUACAUAUAACAUUAUAUUCUAAUCAAUUUAAUUUCAUUAUACUAAUUUACAGAGUCGCUUACAAACUUGUCCCGAACGUGAUUGAAUUUUAUGAAGCGAUAGGACAAAAAAUCGGGGACAGACUAUUGUUUGUCAGAGACGGAAUUUUAUGGCAACAUAAUAAUAUAGCAGCAUAAUAAUAAUGAGUUAAUUAUAAAUUAUAGUAUAUAAAACUAUUUUAAAAAAUUAUACAUGAGUGAAUUAUGCACCAAAGUUUGCUUAAUUUUGUAACACUGAAU